AUGGUGGGUUGAAGGCCUAUGGUUUUAAAUUGGGCUAUGCCUAGGAACUGUUUAUUUGGUGCGUCACAAGAAAGUUCAAAAGAUUUUAGGGGGGGUUACAGUGCUAGUGACCCACUACUGCUCUAUCUGACCCUGCCCUGUCUCCCUCUCUGUGUCCUAUAGCCCAGCACGCUGCCCCAGGGCACCAUCAACAUGAACCAGUGCUCUGACGUCAUCGACGGGGAGUCCAAGACGGGCCAGAAGAACUCCUUGUGUAUUCUCACCCCCGAUAGAGAGCACUUCAUCCGGGCCGAGUGCCGCGAGAUCAUCAACGGGUAAGACAUGCAGCUGACUAGGGCACAAUGUAGGAAAACUAAAUGCAGGUAGGAGGGAGAUGGCAACAUCACCACACAACAACAACCCCCUCUACCUACUUGGUUUGUUGUGGCGGCCUCUCCUUCUCCCAUUUAUAUUUGUACUGUUCUCAGUGGAUGUCUUUUGACAAGUACUGGACAAGUGGAUGCACAAGCAUAGGUUAGCAUUUUUCAUCAUGAAUCUUGUUCUGGAGGCAGCUCUUCAGAGUAUUAACUAUCCGGCACAGCCACGCAGUCCUAAAAUCGGAUUUUAAACCUAACCUUAACCACACUGCUAACCUAUUGCCUAAUCUUAACCUGAAAUGAAGACCAAAACGUUUUCAUGAAUUUUUACAAUAUAGACAAUUUUGACUUUGCAGCUGGCCUAUCUAAGGGGAAAUCACUUAGUUCUGCCUCCAGGACAAGACUCAUGACAAUAAACAUCAACCUGAGCCACAAGCAGGCAUCCGUGAUAUUGCUUUCACCUAUAAAGGGAAGAGUAAGAGAGGAAGUCAUUGCGUCCAAUGAUUGAAAUACUGGAGUUCUGUCCUAGAGUUCAUUGAACCUGUGGCACGAAAGCCAGUCAGAGAGAGAGGGAAAGGAAAAGAUGGCUGGAGAAAGUGUUGUUGCACAGGCUUGUGGGUGCUGUUUCAUGUCUGUCCGAACAGCUCUGCCCCCUGCUGUCUCAAUCAGGCUAGUGCAGUCAGUACUCUCCCUAAUUCGCACUGCAAUGACAGUGCACAUUCUUUCAGUGUCCCCUGCCUCCUUCACUGCCUCCCAUCUCCAUCAUUCACUCACUACCUCACUCUUUUAUUAAGCCCUCUCACCAACCCUUAACCCUUAAUACACUGCCCUACCUUGUACCUCCUGUCCAUCCACAGACACAAUAGCACUGCUCUGCUAGCAUCUCCCUUCCUCCUGAACACUCUCCUGUUCUAGCUACCAUCUUAUGUCCCCAUACCAACCAACACACUGUCCUCACUGUUAACACACCUCCCUAGUUCCCACGCGUCUUUCUCCGUCAGCCCCACAUUUUAUAACUAAUGUAAAUGUAACCUUACUGCCCUCCCCUGCAAAGUCCUCCACGACCCACCUCUUGACACACUUUGCAGUGACCCCUCCCUCCCCCUGUACCUGGUUCUCUGCCAUCCUGGAAACAUAUUGGUCCAGGCAGUGUACUUGCCAUCUGAUGGGUGGGGGCUGGGCCAAUAACAAACACCCAGUUUAAGAGGAUCUCUGUUUUUCUCAUGGUCUGGAUAAGCCUCUGGCUUUUCCCCCACCACGCUACCCAGUCUUCCAUAGAGGGGUAUUAGGCCUGACACAUACAGUAUGAGGACAACACGAAAACUCACUUUCAAUCUCUAACUACCACUCAGGCAGAUUAUAUACUGUACUUUACAACAGCUGUAAAAACAGCUGUAAACAUUUAACAUUUUAGUCAAUCUCAAUCUUGGCACACUCAAUGACAUCCUGAAUUUUUUUUUCUCAAUCUUAAUCUGUAGGCUAAUCUUUACUAGUUGGCAAAGACUAAUGCCAGUAGUACACUGAAAUUAGAUCUCUACUAUUCAAUUUGUUGUUGGAUUGGUGUUGAAAUGCCACCCGUCAAGGUUGUCUGAGAUGGGGGGGGGGAAAUAUUGACGACAAACACUGGACACCCCCCCUUCUGUAUCCAGACUGAGUAUUGUAUUUAGUUGUUGUUGUGGGAAGGCUUUUUUUUUGUGGGGGCGGGGGGGUCCCUCAAGGUUUGAAAGUAGUCCAUUGUGGUGAUUCUCACAGCCAAUUAGUGGAUGUGUAAUUCAGUAUAUCUGAGGAUAUUAGAGAAUGCCAUGGCAGAAGAAGUAGAUGAAGUCCUAGGUGUUAAGAAUGAGACAUUGGUCUCCCAAAUACAGUACUUACCUGGGCCCAGUUUCCCAAUUAGUGAUGGAACUUAAGCUUAACAUUAUAAUUAUUCCACAAUACUGAUGACGGAUCAUCUUCUAGAGACCUAUAUGGCUGCAAAUAUUGAGAUGGCUUAUUCUAAUGCAUACCCUAUAAUAAUACACAAAAUCACAGAUUUGGCACAUAUAGUAACACAUUAUAUUAUGAAAUAUAUUGAGGCAAUACAUUUGACAGUAGCCUACAAUUAGCAAAAUAGAACUUAUUUAAUUGAACAUGAAAUGUAUUUCAAUAUGAUUUGAAAUAUAUAGGCCUAGGCUGUAUAGCCUACUAUAUUUAUAUUUUAAAGCAGUCAUCUCGGUUUUCACUUUAAGCAUAUUUUUAUCCUUCGCUUUUUUGUAACGAUUGCAAAGACAUUGACAACUUUUGUAUUUGUAGCUGUGGUCACAAAGGUGACAGAUAAACAUAGGUAUCGGAGAUCUGCGGAUAAAGUGACGCGGGAGGGCAAAGAAGCAUCUAACGACGCACUUAGCUGUUCCUCGAGUGGUCUGAAGCAAUCGGUAAAUGAGGGUUUUCAAGUGCAACUUUAGUAACGAUGGUUUUGGGAAAUGGCACAGGGAUUUAAUGAUGCUCCUAUGGAGGUUCUAACGGUGAACUUAGCCUUACGAUGGCUUGAUUGGUGAUGAGUGUCUGAGACAUACAUGUACUGUAUUUCACAGACCAGAACCAGUGUUUCCAAGUGGUAGGACCAGCUGGCAGGUCACAGCCUGUUUGUUUUGGGUCGUGACUGGGUCACGUCUAGGAACAGUGGUUUUGUUUAUUCAGUGGCUCAUGGGAAAACUCCAAAACCUAUUGAUGGGUCUUACAUCACCAAAAAGUUUGGGAACCAUCAGUCUGGAGUUUUGUCUAGUUUUUAUGUUUGUCACUAAUGAGUGAUUUUUGCCCCUUUUGAUUGUCUCUGCAGAUGGCAGGAGGCCCUGACGGUCUAUCCCCGGACCAACAAGCAGAACCAGAAGAAGAAGCGCAAAGUGGAGCCACCCACUCCUCAGGUACCAUGCCCUCCACUCUGAGAUUCUAAUGAAGCACUGUAUACUGGACAAUGUAUUGGAUAUGUGGUCUCUCUAUUGCAGGGUCUCCCAAACUCUGUCCUCGGGACCCCAAGGGGUGCACAUUUGCGUUUUUGCCCUUGCACUACACAGCUGAUUCAAAUAAUCAGCUAAUCAUCAAGCUUUGAUCAUUUGAAUCAGCUGUGUAGUGUUAGGGCAAAAACCAAAAGGUGCACCCCUUGGGAUCCCGAGGACCGAGUUUGGGAAACGCUGCCCUAUUGUAUAAUGUAUUCCAACAAACUGAAGGGUCCUAUUGUAACAGGGUGUAUGGUGGAUAUAGGACCAGUACACUGUAGCUUAAGAUGAAUCAUAAUGGUUUUGUGUGAAGUCAUCUUAUUGCAUUGAAUUUAAGAGGCUUGUAUGAUAACAUGACGGACACUUUUGCCCUGAGGGGAAUUUAAAUGAAAUGUCCAUGUCAGGACAUGCUUAUUUAAUUUUUUUUGUCAUUUAGCAGACGCUCUUAUCCAGAGCAUACAUGUUUGUUUUUUUCAUACUGGCCCCCCGUGGGAAUCGAACCCACAACCCUGGCGUUGCAAGCACCAUGCUCUACCAACUGAGCUACUCAGCCACUACAGAGGUUCUCUCUGUUAGAUACAUUAAAAAAAGAGGGCAACGCAAAGGUAAUAGAGGUUUUAAUGACUAGAUGAAGUAAUGGUAUUGAAUAUCCUUUUCUAUGGACCACACACUUUGUGGUGUGAUUUUGUUAUUUUCCUUUCUUCCUUUCAUUUUGAUGUGAUGCCAGAUUUGUGGCGGGGCAGAGACUGGCUCCGAAGCUCAUUGUCUGGGUCUUCUAAUGGCAGUGGACCGAAACAGACCGACCCCCACUCUGAGUCUAGUAGACACUAACAGCCUCAUUUGCUUAAGGGAAAACACAGACAGAGGGGUGACCCUCACUUUUAUGCCAUGUUGGCCUUCAAAGUCCUGUGUUGCUGAAAUCUGCUCUUCACAGCAGUGAGUGUAGCUCCUGUCCGUCUGUCUGUCUUGUUUUGUCUAAUUGGCUUUUCUGUCUGCCCCCUCUCUCUGUGCCCUCCUUCUACCCACUCAGUAGCAGUAAUUACUGGUGCUGGCUGGCAGCAUUCUGCACAGAAACCCCAGAACAAAUGCAGGGGCCAGAACUGGGUUAACAGUGCUCUGGAUCAGAAAUACCGCCGGUGGGGGCCAGAGUUAUUGCUUGUUCCUACAAAACACUGUCUGUCUGACUUUCUGUACUUCUCUUUUAUAUGUAUGUACAAGCAUGGUAUGUGUUGAGUCAAUGACACUCAUUGACAUUCUGGUGGAGCCACUUGCAGAUAGACGGUACAAUGAGUCAAGGCCAAGCCAUGUAAUUAAGGUUGUUUACUUGAGAGCGUGAUGACGCUUUCAUUGCAGGUUCCAGAUCGUUUUCCGUCAUCGUCGCAGCCAAGGCUGACCAGUGAUGUUUGACUGAUCUCUGUACCAGGGCGUAAUUAUAGGAAACAGGUUGUCACAUAUGUGCAUAUUCAAUGUAAGAAUGUGUCUCCACCUCCCCCUUACUAAAAACAGUGCUAAAAAGCCAUUUCCACCUGAAACCUCUCUACCCACUUACACGUGUCUCACCGGAGAUUCUUGUCUGCUCUGUAAAUACAUAGGCACAGAGAAACAUCUGUUUGCUUUCUGGGAAGUGGCUCCAAGGCAAACAGCGCCUAACAAGGAGAAGUUAAGUCCACUGUAGCUUGACAGGCCAUUCUGGUGUUGCUGGCUUUUCCUGAGAGUGCCCAGAAACGGUCUUUCUAUGGUCCUCUCUAGUUAAAAAAACUAUUGGGACAGAAAUGUGAUGAUUAUCCUCCAAACCCUUGCUCCUUGCUAUAAAGUCUUGAGUAGCAGGGACUUUGAGGUAAGAAAAUCUGCUCCGCCAUGGCAAGGGGACACUGGCAGGGCAUUAGUGGCUCCAUGUCCUGUUCCAGGCUUCAAGAAUCUUCAACCUUGUUGAGAAGACCAACCUCUGGAAUGGACCCCCAUAGGGUUCAGUUGUCAGGCCCACCUGACUGUGAAGACUCACUGUUAUUGCUAAGAAGUGUGUCAGCCAUAGUAGUUAUUAAGUGCCUUGCUCAAGGGCACAUCAACAGAUUGUUCACUGUCGGCUCGGGUAUUCAAACAAGCGACCUUUCGGUUACUGACCCACCCCUCUAACCGCUAGGCUACCUGCUGCCCAAUAGAUCCACCCCCUAACUGCAAAGGCUCUGUGUGAUUUGCAGGGUGUACGAAGUCCAAGUUGUCAGUUAACCACCGGAGACAUGAACGGACAGGCUGUGAGUUCAGCCAAACUUGAUGUACUUCAAAUCCUGAAUGGCUACACAAUACCACUCUCAAUCCUUAAUCCCAAUCAAUGCAGGUGGAGGGGGAUCAAAGUGGAUACUCUUUUUACAUCUUUCUUGUUUCAAAUGCAGUAAUUCAGAGUUCAGUGGCAUGCCUCCAUGUGUGCUGUUUGACAGGGGAUUGGCCAGAGAUAAUGACAUCUGAAUAGACCCUUGCUUUUCUACCUUAAACAUAUCCCAAGAAUAUACUCGCAGGGAAAGGAGGAAAGGGAGGUGCAGAUGGAGGUAGGAAUUAUCAGUAUCGCAAAAUACUAAGAAUAAUCAAAUGUACUCGCUGUCUACCAUUUAUUAACCAUGAUUACAUGCCAACACUGAUUUGUUUUGUGUGUAUGUGUACUAUAUGUACUGAAUGCAGGUAUUGGUAAAAACCAUAAAUGAGCAGACUCGUAUGGGACUUUACAGUAAAUAUACUGCCUUGUUAUUAACAAGCAUUUGGAGACAUUAAGUAUGAAGUCGGCAUAAGUCGUCACAUCUCUAUCCCACAGAAUGUUUCCCUUGUCUGUUCUGUCCUCUACAACAACACAGGUGGGACUGCCAUGAAGGAGCUCUUUGUUCUUUGUUGAGCUGUCUGUCUGCCUCUCUUUCUUUCAUUCACUCUGCCCCUCCCUCCAUCCCUCUUAAGUCUGUCAAUCUGUGCUGUUGUGAAACAAUACUCUUUGUACAUACUGUCUCUUCGCUAAACUUUUAUUGACAGCGCUAAAGGAACUCUUAGUCAUUGGAAUACAUGAAAAAGCUCCCCCAAAAAAGAGAUGCUGAACACAUGGACUCAAUAGAUGGUCAGGAUUCAUCUUCAAUGUUGACAUGUGUAACGAUUGCGUUUGUGUCUCUUCUCCUUCUUCCUCCACUGAACCCUCUUGCACUCUUGUCUUUCCCUCUCUCUCCCUUUCACCUCUCUCUUUCCCCCUCUCCCACUCCCCACCUAUACCCCCAGGAGCCCGGCCCAGCCAAGGUGACAGUGACCAGUAGCGGGGGCAGUAUCCCCUGCCUGCCCAGCAGUAUAGCCAGUGCAGAGCGGGUGCCGGCCAGCCGCUCCACCCUGUGGCAGGAGGAGAGGUGGAGCAGGGCAUCCACCAUCCCCUGCAGCCGCAGCGCCUCCUGUCUCAGCCAGCUGACCCAGAGCCACCCCGGGUCCAGCGUCACCAGAGAGGGUGAGGAAAGACUGGACACACACUUUCACCAAAGCCAAUACAUUUUUUGGGUGUCAGCAUAGCAGUCAUUUAGUUUGUAAUCAACAUCCAAGGGAGUUAUUGGACGCCAAUGUUGAUAUCCCCGCUCUGUGUUCAUGUACACUACAUGGGCAAAAGUAUGUGGACACCCCUUCAAAUUAGUGGAUUCGGCUAUUUCGGCCUCACCGUUGCUGACAGGUGAAUAAAAUAGAACACGCAGCCAUGCAAUCUCCAUAGACAAACAUUGGCAGUAGAAUGGCCUUACUGAAGAACUCAGUGACUUUCAACGUGGCACCGUCAUAGGAUGCCACCUUUCCAAUAAGUCAGCUCGUCAUAUUUUUAUCCUGCUAGAGCUGCCCCGGUCAACUGUAAGUGCUGUUAUUGUGAAGUGGAAACGUCUAGGAGCCACAACGGCUCAGCCGCAAAGUGGUAGGCCACACAAGCUCACAGAGCGGGAUCGCCGAGUGCUGAUGCGCGUAGUGUGUAACAGUUGUCUGUCCUCGGUUGCUAAACUCACUACCGAGUUCCAAACUGCCUCUGGAAGUAACGACAGCACAAGAACUGUUCGUCGGGAGCUUCAUGAAAUGGGUUUCCAUGGCCGAGCAGCCGCACACAAGCCUAAGAUGAACAUGCGCAAUGCCAAGUGUCGGCUGGAGUGGUGUAAAGCUCGCCGCCAUUGGACUCUGGAGCAGUGGAAAUGCACGCGUUCUCUGGAGUGAUAAAUCACGCUUCACCAUCUGGCAGUCCGAUGUUCGAAUCUGGGUUUGGCGGAUGCCAGGAGAACGCUACCUGCCCCCAAUACAUAGUGUCAACUGUAAAGUUUGGUGGAGGAGGAAUAAUGUUCUGGGGCUGUUUUUAUGGUUUGGGUUAUGCCCCUUAGUUCCAGUAAAGGAAAUCUUAAUGCUACAGCAUACAAUGACAUUCUAGACGAUUCUGUGCUUCCAACUUUGUGGCAACAGUUUGGGGAAGGCCCUUUCCUGUUUCAGCAUGACAAUGUCCCCGAGCACAUACAGAAAUGGUUUGUCGAGAUCAAUGUUGAUGAACUUGACUGGCCUGCACAGAGCCCUGACCUCAACCCCAUCGAACAGCUUUGGGAUGAAUUGGAACGGCGAUUGCGAGCCAGGCCUAAUCGCCCAACAUCAGUGACCGACCUCACUAAUGCUCUUGUAGCUGAAUAGAAGCAAGUCCCCGCAGCAAUGUUCCAACAUCUAGUGGAAAGCCUUCCCAGAAGAGUGGAGGCUGUUAUAACAGCAAAGGGGGGGACCAACUCCAUAUUAAUGCACAUGAUUUUGGAAUGAGAUGUUCGACAAGCAGGUGUCCACAUACAUUUGGCCAUGUAGUGUACGUGCUUUAUGUAUUUUCUGCCCAAAAAAUUUUUAAUCUGUCGCUUACUCUGCUUUGUUUGCGUGGUUCAAGACGGUAGCUCCCUGAGCGGCGGACGCAAGGUACGAGUGGAGAGCGGCUACUUCUCCCUGGAGAAGACAAAGUCACCGGAGCCCCCCCAGCCCCCCCAGCCUCCCCAGCACCUGCCCCUGACCACCUCAACCUCCCUCGGCGUCCUCCACCACAGGUACAGCCCCAGUGACCUCCCCUCGGACCCCAACACCUCCCUGUACUACCCCUCCUCAGACCCCCUCCCCUCCCCAGGCGCCCUCCUCUCCCCCAGCUACUCCACCAUCAGCUCCUCCCAGAGCUCCCUUGACUCGGAGCCCAGCAGCAAUGCCCUGAGCUGGGACAGCCAAGGCGGGGCAGGUGGGAAUGUUGGAGGUGGUGGUGGUGGGGGAAGAGUGGAACGACCAGGCAAGGACUACGUGGUGCUGUCGAACGUGCCACGGGCACGCCGGCUGAGCCACCGUGAGGCCUUCCGCUCGGACAAGAAGAGGGCGGAGCUGAGGGCUCGCACACGCAGCCCCGGACGGGAGGAGGUGGCCAGACUGUUUGGGCUGGAGCGCAGGUGAGGCUAUUGAGAUGACACACAUACCUGUAUUUAACUUAUGCACGUAGAAACAGUCAAACACACUACACAUAGCAUUGUUUUAUAACCCCACUGAGUAUAUUGAAUGUAGUCACGCAUGCGAUCUUCAGUGUUUGGUUUUGAACCUACCCUCCACUACAUUCAAUUACUAUGAUCUUCAUGGGCUGUAUUGGCCUUCUGGCACCACCUAGUGGCAGUAGUCCUCUAGAUCCUCUUGUGGCGGUUCUGUUUAUAAUUGCAUUGCUUUCUUGGAGCCAAAUUAAAACAAACAUAUAUUUAUUGCAUGCAUAUUUCCCCCUCUAUCCAGCUCUGUCUACUUUGCUAUUUGUUUUUGUUUUUUGUUUCAUCUCUUCCAGGAGCUUCUGAAAAUCUGCCCUCCCAAACCUUCCGCCCCUGUCCUGCUGCUGCUGUGCCCUGCUGGUUACCGCUGACUACUGCUUUCUCUCAUUCCACCUCACACACACACACACACACACACAAAUACACGCUCACUCACAUACACUCACACGCUCUCGCUCUCAUUCACUCACAAUUUCACUCACAAUCUCACUCACUCAUAGACAAUCUCACACUCACUCAUUCACACCUGGUCCAGUCUCCUUGGCUAACGCUGAUGCUGCCAUUGCUGCUGCUCCUGGGAAUAUGGUCCUUAAUCCUACAAUGAUCCUCCUUCCCCUUCCUCUCCAUCUGAAGUUUGAUCUCUCCACAUAACACUCUAUGCUCAUCAUACUCUGUCAUUCUUUUGGGGGCCAUUUCCUUUUCUAGUUGCACUUACACAUUCUCUAUAUGGAAUAUGUGUUGUGCCAAAAUUAUUAACCAAUGUAGUCAUUUAUCCAAAUAUUCUUACAAUCAAACCAGACUGAUGUUUAUUGAUUUUUGGCACAAAGCAGCCUCCAUAGUUCUGCUCUGCUCUUUAGUUAACGCACAGACCUCGAGAGGAUUUGCUCUUUUUGUUUUUGUUGCUCAUUUGAUUGUGUGUUAUAUCCUGAAGUAUGGCCAACUGAAAAGUAACAUGACUUUAUAAGAAGAAUGGCUGCAGACGGUUUCAGUAGCAGGAGUUUGAAUGUGUUAGAGCCUCAUAUUUUAAUUGUUGUUUAUUGGAAACAAAAUACCGUCACUUAAGUACAGCGUGACGAGAUAAUGAUGCAUAGCUGAAGUUUCAAAGCCCCUAUGUCAUGCUGUUUAUGUGAUACUGUUCAUGAUAACAAGUGUGUGUGUGUGUGUGUGAAUGUGAUGCUGACGGCAUUGUGUAUGUUUUCCACAGGCGUUCUCAGGUGAUAGGGAAGUUUGAGUCAGGGGAUGGGGAGGGUGUGGAACACAUGGACACCAGCUCCCCUUCGGAGCCCCCCUCCAAUACCGUGUCUGUCCAGAGGCAGGGGCGUAGCGAGAGACGCUCCCUUGCCUGCAAACAGGUAAUGUACCCCCUCCCAACACAAUGUGACACAAGGCUGUCGUUAGGUGUGUUAAACUAUACAUGGCACCUAACAUUAGCUGUCAUUAACAUUAGAAAACCUAUAAUCCAAUUAACAGAGAACUCUCAUUCAUCAUAAACCUUUCAGUUGAUGUCAAUAUGAAGAUAACCAUGUUACACUUUACGUGAAUACAGUACAGUAGUUUACAGUGCAUUCAGAAAGUAUUCAGACCCCUUGACUUUUUCCACAUUUUGUUACUUUACAGCCUUAUUCUAGAAUGGAUUAAAAUGUUUUUUUCCCUCAUCAAUCUACACACAAUACCCCAUAAUGACAAAGCAAAAACAAUUGUUUUGCAAAGAUUUGCAAAUGUGUAUAUAUAUAUAUAUAUAUAUAUAAAAAGUAUUCAGACCCUUUACUUUGUUGAAGCACCUUUGGCAGAGAUUACAGCCUUGAGUCUUCUUUAGUAUGAUGCUACAAGCUUGGCACACCUGUAUUUGGGGAGUUUCUCCUAUUCUUCUCUGCAGAUCCUCUCAAGCUCUGUCAGGUUGGAUGGGGAGCGUCGCUGCACAGCUAUUGUCAGGUCUCUCCAGAUAUGUUAGAUCGGGUUCAAGUCCGGGCUCUGGCUGGGCCACUCAAGGACAUUCAGAGACAUGUCCCGAAGCCACUCCUGCAUUGUCCUGGCUGUGUGCUUAGGGUUGUUGUCCUGUUGGAAGGACAACCUUCGCCCCAGUCUGAGGUCCUGAGCACUCUGGAGCAGGUUUUCAUCAAGGAUCUCUCUGUACUUUGCUCCGUUCAUAUGUCCCUCGAUCCUGACUAGUCUCCCAGUCCCUGCCGCUGAAAAACAUCCCCACAGCAUGAUGCUGCCACCACCAUGCUUCACCGUAGGGAUGGUGCCAGGUUUCCUCCAGACGUGACGCUUGGCAUUCAGGCCAAAGAGUUCGAUCUUGGUUUCAUCAGACCAGAGAAUCUUGUUUCUCAUGGUCUGAGAGUCCUUUAGGUGCCUUUUGGCAAACUCCAAGCGGGUUGUCAUGUGCCUUUUACUGAGAAGUGGCUUCCGUCUGGCCACUCUACCAUAAAGGCCUGAUUGGUGGGGUGCUGCAGAGAUGGUUGUCCUUCUGAAAGGUUCUCCCAUCUCCACAGAGGAACUCUGGAGCUCUGUCAGAGUGACCAUCGGGUUCUUGGUCACCUCCCUGACCAAGGCCCUUCUCCCCCGAUUGCUCAGUUUGGCCGUGCGGCCAGCUCUAGGAAGAGUCUUAGUGGUUCCUAACUUCUUCCAUUGAAGAAUGAUGGAGGCCACUGUGUUCUUGUGGACCUUCAAUGCUGCAGAAAUUUUUUGGUACCCUUCCCCAGAUCUGUGCCUCAACACAAUCUUGUCUUGGAGCUCUACGGACAAUUCCUUCGACUUCAUGGCUUGGUUUUUGCUCUGACGUGCACUGUCAACUGUGGGACCUUAUAUAGACAGGUGUGUGCCUUUCCAAAUCAUGUCCAAUCCAUUGAACUCCAAUCAAGUUGUAUAAACAUCUCAAGGAUGAUCAAUGGAAACAGGAUGCACCUGAGCUCAAUUUUGAGUCUCAUAGCAAAGGGUCUAAAUACUUAUGUAAAUAAGGUAUUUCUGUGUUUUAUUUUUUAUACAUUUGCAACCAUUUCUAAAAACCUGUUUUUGCUUUGUCAUUAUGCGGUUUCGUGUGUAGAUUGAUGAGGGAAAAAAAUAAUUUAAUCAAUUUUAGAGUAAGUCUGUGAAGUCACAAAAUGUAGAGAAAGUGAUGGGGUCUGAAUACUUUCCGAAUGAGCUGUAAUGAGUGUUUAGUAAUAUUUCAUAGCCAAUGGAGUCAUAUCAUGUAGACCCUAUAUGUUUUCAGGAGAUGUCAUUGGAUGCUGAGAAGGAGUGUUGUGUUCCUGAUGUGUCCUGCUCUUCCAACUUCCGGAGGGCAAAGUCCCUGGACCGCCGAGUGACCGAGUCCUCCAUGACUGUGAGUGCUGGGCAGUACUUUACGCUAGGUUACGUCACUUUACGCUAGGUUACGUCACUUUACGCUAGGUUACUUCACUUUACUUAAUGCAAGGUUACUUUAUAUUAGGUCACUUUAGUUUGUGCUAGGUUGUUACUUCACUUUACUUUAUGCUAGGUUACUUAACUUUAGUUAAUGCUAGGUUACUUUACAUUAGGUCACUUUAGUUUAUGCUAGGUUAUGUUACUUUACGCUAGGUUACUUAACCUUACCCUAGGUUACUUUACUAACAGAUUACAUAGAUGGAUCUGUGUUACUUAGAUCUGAUCUGGGAACUGUCCCGGGGUGGUGUUAGGGGUCCUCCUGUCAACGUGUGGUUGGUAUGGCCGAGCUGCAGCUGCCAAAAUAGCCCCCCCCCCCACAAACCCCCCUGUUAUAAAUAGCUGGAGUGAAGGGUGUUAAAGCGCCAGCUUUUUGUGCAAAGACACACAGAGAGCGAGGGAGAGCGGGAGUCAAGUGGAAGAGAGUGAGAGUGUGUUAAUGAGUCUGUACCAGACUGUGGCCGUGCCACACCUGAUGAAGAUCAACAGAAACAAGGUAGGGUUGGACGUAGCACAGCUCCUGUUUGUUGACAAAAUGGAAAGUUUAGUUCUGGCGGUCUAACAGCAGACGUUCUUGGUUUGAAUGGUGACAGUUUGGCCAAGAAGGGCUCGCUUGUUGUGGACCGAGUGGUCACUCAUUGAGUCUCCUUUGGAUGAAACCAUAGAAGGGGUUCUCUGUCUGCGCUGUUUGCUGUAUUAGUUGAAUGAAUCCAAGUCUAAUAUAAAUAUAGCGCUAAUGUAGAAGCUUUUAAUUAUGAGUAGAGACUUAAAAUGGUUUUAUUUUGAACGUCUAAAGACCGUAGCAGUUCUGUCGUAAUGUCAACAUAAAGUUUUUAUGCAUUUGCAAGAUUACUGUAUUUCAGGGUUCAGUGAAAGGUCCCUAUUGGGGUGGGUGGGCCACUGUUGCCAUUAGUCGAAUCUGAGGAUUAGGCAGUCUGCUGUGGACUGAAAAGCUAUUAGCUGUUAGCUGCUGAGCUGUUGGCAGUUUAUUGGGAGCAUUUAGCAUUGCAGUGAGCUGUCUGGCUCUGGACAAAGAUCUGUUAGCUACAUGGUUAGCUGUUAGCUGGGAGCUAUUACAUAUUAUGCGUAAAUGACUACCGAUAAAGCAGCGAACACUGAUCGUGAAAGCCAUGAGCAUGAGCUAGUUGUAAAUCACGUGUCAUGAAUUUAAGCUAUUGUUGUUGUGAUUUUUCAAUGUAGCCGGAUCUGUUGAAUUUCAAGAAAGGAUGGAUGACCAAGUUAUACGAGGAUGGGAUGGUAAUAUACUUUAUUAGCAGAAAUCAUUGUGUUGAUAAAUUAUUAGCCGUGCCUUAUGACGUAUCUCAUGGAUUUAAGUAGGAGAGUGCGCUUUAACAAAACUAGCAAAUGUUAUUUUACCUCUAGUGGAAGAAACACUGGUUUGUUCUCACAGACCAGAGUCUACGAUACUACAGGGACUCAAUAGCUGAGGAGGUAAGGCUCCCUAUAAUACAUCAAUACCCUUUUCUCCCCUCAAGAAUGUAUGCAAUGUAAUGUUAAAUUCGCCCUUGACAUUUUUGUUGAUCUUUUUGUUGUUUUAUUCCAGGCUGCUGAUAUGGAUGGCGAGAUUGACCUGUCCACCUGUUAUGAUGUCACAGAGUUCCCAGUGCAGAGGAACUAUGGCUUCCAAAUCCUUGUCAGUUUAUGGUUUGCUCCUCUGUACCAUUGAUCAAACCUAAAAUGGUCCAUACCUUUCACAUCUCUAACAAAUUGUCGUUCAGCUGUGACCCCGCGCUCUAAAAACAGCAUUGACGACACGUGGUAUUGCCGUCGGCAUUGGGUUUGGCCAUUUCUGUUUCCGAACAAUGUAUUUGUCCCAUCGUGAGGGAUGUCACUUGACCUGUCAUCCCCCCGUGAGAGAGUGGCAUCAAGGGUUCUAAGUCUGCCACAGACGUUGCCACCACCCCAACACCCGGAGGCCCUGAAUAACAUGUUUGUCUAACCUCGCUCAUUCAAAAGACCAACCUGGUCUUAAGUCAGCGCUUACUCAAUGUUGGCGCCUGCGUGUUUUGGAAAACCAUUUUUUCUAAAAAUAGCUUUGAAUGCUUUCGCCUUAAGCUUUAAUGGCACACAUGAUAGAAUGUGAGACGACCUUCGAUAGGAGGAGCAAGGUGAGGAUGAUUACCUCGUGAUGCAACUUUUCCCUUGACUAUAGGCCAAAAUCUUGAUCCCUUGGCGAUGGGCCACAUCCGAAACGUUCUCGCAAAUCAAGCAUUGAUGUCAAUGUGGGAGACACACCCAGAUCUGAAGUUAGUGUUAGGCCCCAUGGACACAUGACAUCCAUAGACAUCCAUGUCAUUUCUGCUGUGGGGGGGGUUGUUGUGUUUACAUUGGCUUGGAGCUGGCGUCUGCUCUCCUGGCGCUUCCCUGGUUAUUUUCUGUUCGGGGGGUUAGAAAUAGAGCAGUGGAGCAGAUCGUUCUCUCUUUGGCUGAGAACAACACAGGUUUAGUGACAAGAAAUUAAUAACUCCAGUAUUUAUAACACCCUUUAGCUAUCUGCAUCACAGGCAGAUCGGAUAGAGGCCAGAAUGGGGCUUGACCCAGUGGGGGAACCACAAAACAGAAUGAUGUAAAUGAAUGUAACAUCCAGUAGAAGCCCUGGAUGGAGAGUGCACUCAUUUUGUUCAUUCAUCGUAUUCAUUAUGAAAGAUCUCAUCCAAAGAGGACCCUCAUUAUAUUUAUGAAUUAUAUUCACUGUGUGCAGUCAUUGGGAUAAGAUGCCUUUUAUGGUGUAAAAGCAUUAAAGAUGGGGAAUGAACACAAAAGAUUUGGGACAGGAGUCAGUGGAGAUGAGUUUAGGUUGCUCCCUGACAUUUUGGUUACUGACAUUAUUUAUUAGUUAGCUACUACUGGUCGAGAGGAGUGCAUCUUAAAUAGUAUUGGUCAUCACUGUCAGCUAGCCAUUGUAACACUGUGUGGGUCCUGCCCUGCCCUCCCCUCAUGCCCUUCUCUCCUGCCCUGCCCUCCCUUUGUCCAGAGUAAGGAGGGGGCGUGCACCCUGUCGGCCAUGACCUCGGGAAUCCGCCGCAACUGGAUUCAGGCCAUCAUGAAGAACGUGCGGCCCACCAUCGCUCCCCCCGAUGUCACCCGGUAAGACCAACACACAGAGCGUGAGAGAAAGUGUGUCAACAAACCCACCACUGACCGACAUAACAAUUUCCUCACUUUUAUUUCCUCUCGCUAAUCUCUCUCCUCAUCCUCCUCUUCCUCCUCCUUCUCUGGUAUUUCCACCCUCUCUGCUUCCAGGAAAAACGUCUCUCUGAAACUGUCCGUUCUGAAGCCCAGGUUGGAGUGCUUGUGUGUUGAUCCACGUCCCCUCCCCCAGUGAUGUAAUGGUUCAGUAAUGCCUGCCUGCGUGUUUGUUGUCCCCGCCCUGUGUCCUGAACAUUGAGUAAUGUCUCCCAAGUAGUGCUGCUCAGGAAGACUGCUGCUGCAGUACACACUCCAUCAGUCAAUUGAAAUAAUCAUCCAUCUUACUUGGCUCGAUCAGCGUAGAAAACUAUUGUAGAUUGCUAAAAGAUAAUGUAUAGAGAUAUUGAAGAACAGAAAAAACUAGAGAUGGAGGCAUAUAGUUUAUAUGGUAACACUUACAGUAUGUAUUUGCUUUGAUGAACCAUGAAAAGGCAGUUGGAGCCCGAGGAGAGAUGAGUGUCAGUGCAACCCUGGUGCAAACACUGUUCUAUAUGUAUCGCAGCAACAGAAGUAUUCAUAUCUUACGGAAGUUGCUUUCGGAUCAUUUAGCUCCCUGUGCUAGUGUUUCUGCCCAGUGGUCUUGUCUUUCGGUGGGGCUCUUCAGAUGCCUAUGGACUCUGUAUUGGGUUCAGUGUUUCCUCUAGGAUUUUUUUCAGCAGUGGUGGCAACGGUAGUGGGGGAGGGGAGUUGGCGCAAUGACAUGCUAGCUGUUCCCAUAGACUUCCAGUCAAUGACUAUAGGGGAAACACUGGGAUUUAGUGUAUAGGGUUUUACCCCUGUUUACUGAAAACUCACUUAUGGCUCCUUCAACAGGAAUGUGGGAUAUUUUGGGCGUUCCUGCGUAGACACCUCGCGGACACCUCUUCCAUAUUCUUGGAUUGUACCCCUCUCCCAUUCCUCUGACCCAUCCCCCCCCCACCACCACCACAUGAUGAUGGAAAUAGACUUUUCCGUCAGCCCACUUUUUUAGGUGUGCACUCCCCAUCGCAGUUUCAGUGAAUGCCAAGCAGUGUGCAGAUGACUGUGACCACAUUCCCCGCUCGUCUACUGCACAAACGGCUAAAGUUGAGAAACUGCAGUGCGCUUGGCUCAAGUCUCGGAUUACAGACAUGUCUUACGAAAGAGAAAGGCCAAAUCUGACCUGAGGCCCAUCAUGCACUCACUGCAGUUUGGUCCAAUUCUCCCAGACUGCUUUAGUGCUAAAAUGUCCCAAUGUAUUCCUCUCAUUGUUGUUGUUUAAGCUUACUUUGCGAGCACACAGAUGUUUUGUUGUAAGUGAAUAGUUAAUGUUCUGUAGCAGUGUGAGUAGCUGAGUUUGCAUGGGCUUCUUCAGCGCAUUUGAGAGUAUCAGCAUUGAUCACGUCGUUAGUCAUUACCUGGGAUGCAAGAUGAUUGUAGGUCAGUGAUUCUGCACAGUCAUCCUUGCUCAGGCCCGUUCCUCUCGAACAUGCUGAUUGUCUUAACACCAGUACUGAGUGUCUGAAGCCAUCACUAACCAGCCUCUUUCUCUCUUUUCCUCUCCAUUCAUUUCCUCCUCUCUCACUCCUCCCAUGUCCUCAGCUCCCUCCCUGACGAGAAGGCCAGAGGGCGGGUGGUGCUGCAUCCGUCUCCCCAACCCAGCCCUGACCCCGGUCCUAGCCCCGAGAGCCCCCGGGUGGAGGUCCGGGUGGUCCAAACUCAGAGGUCUGGAGACCACGCUCCUGCCCCGGUCGCCGUCCCUGCCUCGGAGCCACGCAAGAGCCGGGUCCGAGAGCGCAGGCGAGAAGGCCGCUCCAAAACGUACGACUGGUCCGAAUUCAAGCCCGGGCAGACUGAGGACCCCAAGAGGGACAAAGCACCAGAUACUGUAGACCUCAGCUCUGCUUCUUCCUCCUCCACCUCCUCUUCGUCCUCCUCCACUUCUUCCCUGGCGUCCUCCCCCGUCUCCACCUCCUCCCCCCCAACUUCCUCCUCUAUUUCGGUCCCUCCACUUGGCCGGGGCUCUGCCUUGGCAACCGGGGAGGAGGCAGAGCAGGAGCGGGCGCGGCGACGGGAAGAAAGGCAGCAGCGCUUUAAGCAGAAUACCCACGCUCCCAGCACAGUUACCACCACAAUGACCACCACUGUAAACGCAGUGGGGGCCGAACCGAGGACCCCCGGGGAGUCCCAGGACCAGGGGAGGAUGGAGGUCGGCCACCCUGAGCCAGGUGCGGAGGGGAGCGGGGAGAGGGACGGCAGAGCCCCCGACGUGCAGGUGGAGAUCGAGCAGCGGUGGCAUCAGGUGGAGACCACGCCGCUCCGAGAGGAGAAGCAGGUGCCCAUCAGCACCACUGACGCCUGCCUCACUGAGAGACUACCCCCACAGGAGCUAGCUGCCCUGCUGGACAAAGAGGUAGGCUUUUAUGUACACCGGCCAAAGCUUCAAUAUUCUACUGUGUGUCAUUAUAAUGAGGAACCAUACUAUAUUCUAAUGUAUGUGUAUGAUGCAGCUGGGGCAGACCCAGAAAGAGCUGGCCAGACUGCAGGAGCAGAACAACCUGCUGCAGGAGCAGCUGGAAGAUGCCAGGGGGAGAGAGCACAGUGCCAGGGAGGGUUACAUACUACAGGUACCACACACCAACAGGAACUGAUCACUUCUGAUUAGUUGUAUAUUAGUUUUAGUUAGUUGGCGGUUAUUAUAGCUUGAGAGAUGACCAAUCAUGUAGCUUUAAAUUAUUGUCAAUGAUAUGCCCUUUACUGUGAGUUCAUGUUUGGAGGGGUUUUAUCGUUUUGAUAUUCUGGCUCGUUUUCACAGCAGGGUUUCGUAUUCACAGUUUGUAUAUUACAUUACUGAACAUCUUUAGCGUGAGCUACAGUAUUUACAAUCGAAGGCAAUGUUCGCACUUAUCGUAAUAUAAACAGAUAGCGUGAGGAUGUGGAUGAGAUGUUGCGUGUGUGGCUUCGAUGACUUGUGCGUGAAAUUCUACUAACAGGUGUGGGGGCUUAGUCUUAAAAACAGAUGUGCAUGGUUGUGGUGUUCUCAGCAUGAUUUUUCACUAACUGUUUUUACGGAGUCUCACAUCUACUGGGGGAAAUGAUUGGUUUGGAUUGAUGCUGAAGGUAAGAACCUAGAGGAGCUUUGCGCUGUGCUUUUUCUUUGUUUCUUGUCGUUCGUGUCGUCCUGUCCUCUUAGCCUGUUUUUGUGCAUGACUUUUUGGGGUUUGGGAGUAUGCAUGGUUGCAUUAAUUUCCUUGUUCAUUUACAGUUCAUGUUCCCACAUUCAUACAUGUAAUGAUGCCACACUGUACUGGCACAUUGGACAUUUGAUAGUUUUCUCAUCACAGUCACACUUUAUUUCCUGCAACAUUAUUUAUGAGUUGAAAUAUCAGGGGCAAUAGAGACCAUUUUACUCAUUUUAGUUUCACCAUCUAUUCACAGUUGUAUGUUUUGUCUUUUGUUCGGUCACUUUAUGUUCACCAGCAUUUUUUUCCUUCAUUAUAUUUAGUUAUUUUCCAUUUUCACCCUUGAUGUCACCCUGAAAAAGCACAGUGGGGAAGCUUGGGACAAAGCUUUUCAAAAGAUAUCAAAAUAUAUCAAAUCUAUAUUGAGAUGGGAAUGCAAUUCCUGGGUUUUUCCUCAUAGCCCCAGAGAUGUGGUUCACCGUAACUGUGGGGGUAAAUAAAAGAUGUCACUAAUCAAACUGUCUCAUCAAUCUUUUAAAGAGCGGCACCUCGCCCCCCUCCUCCUCCUCACCACACAGAGUGCCAUGGCAACGCCUGCACAAGCUCAACCAAGACCUGCAGAAUGAUCUGGAGGCCCAGCGACGCAAACAAGACCUGGCCCAGCACCAGGUGCAGACCCUGAGGAGGAGCUACACUGAGGCCCAGGACGCCAUUGGACGCCAUGAGGCUGACAUCCAGGCCCUGCAGGCCAAGCUCAGCUCUGCCAUGGCUGAGAUCCUGGCCAGCGAGCAGUCCGUGGACCCGCAUGAGAAACGAACUCAAGCUGGAGCAGGAACGUUCCCGGGAGCAGGAGGAGGAGUGGGGGCACAGUGACGCCACCCUGCGGGUCCAGCUAAGGGACAGCGAGGACAGGCUCCGUGAGGUAGAGGCCAGCCUUCUGGAGAGGAGCCAGGCCCUCAGGCAUCUGGAGCGCCAGCAGGCCCUGCAGAGGGACCACCUGAGGGAGGUGCACAGGCUCCAGGAGAGGCUGGCGGAGGUGACGGGCCGGCUGAGCGCCACCGAGCAGGGCCAGGCCCUGAAGGAGGAGCGCAUGAGGGCGGAGCAGCGCUCCCUGCAGGAAAGCCACGAGAGGGAGAGGCAUAGCCUGGCCCGGAGGCUGGCUGAGGCCGAGGCUGGGCGGGAAGAGCUGGAGGAGAGGCUGCAGGAGGCGGAGCAGCAGGUGGAGGCUCUUCUGAGGGGGAUGCGUGCCUCGGAUGGAGACGAGGUCAGGGAGGAAGUGAUGCGGCUGCAGGUGGAGCUGGCCCAGACAACGGAUGUGGCGGAGACGCUGAGGGAGAGCGUCCGCAGGCUGGAGGAGGAGAAGGGCCGGCUGACCUGCCGCUGCCAGGAGCUCCUCAACCAGAUCUCUGAGGCAGACCGGGAGGUGACCAAACUCUGUAGCCGGCUGGAAACCGAGGAGGCCGACUACUAUACCCUGGAGCACUCCUACGAGAGGGCGUCGGAGGAGUUCCAGAAGAUCAGCCGCGUGCUCCAGGAGAAGGAAGAGGAGAUACGGCAGACCAAGGAGAUGUACGAGAGGCUGGUGGAGCGCAAGGAGGAGGACCUGAACGAGGCUCUCAUCAAGAUGGCCGCCCUGGGCAGCAGCCUGGAGGAGACAGAGCAGAGGCUUCAGGCCAGGGAAGCGCUGCUCUGCCAGAUGGGCCAAGGCUUGAGGGGGCAGAGCGAAGCCUGCAGUGCGGAGAAAGACCUGCAGGCCAAGCUGGUGGUGGCAGAGGACCGCAUUGCAGAGCUGGAGCAGCACCUCAAUGCCCUGCAGCUGGGCUAUGCUGACCUUCGGAUGGAACGCCAACGAGCCCAGGAGGGGGCUCUCCAUGCUAGGGAAAUAACCAAGGAAAGGGGCCAGUCCUCCUCCAACUCCUUGCCAACGAACACAGACUCCUCACAGACCUUUGACUUGGGUUCCAAGGUGAAGAGCUCCUCAGAUGGUGAUGAGUCUCAAGCAAAAAGGCAGAGAAUACGGUUCUCCAGCAUUCAGUGCCAAAAAUACAUCCAAUCAGAAGACCUGGAGACCAGUAAUGCAGACAACACUUCCUCAGACAUAAGCAAAGAGAUUAGCCAAGAGAUCAGCCAAGACUUCCAACCGUCUAUGGAGACCAACUCUUCCGAUAUUACAUUCCAGUACUGCAGCGACCCAGAGAAGUUUAUUUCCAUCAUAACUUCCCUGGAGAUCAAGCUUCUGGCCACAGAGGAGAAGCUUAGAGACCUCACCCAGAAGCUUGAGGAGCAGCGGGUGGACCAGCCAGAGGAUCUGCUGGAGGGACAAGGCUCCUGUGCAGGGAUUGAUGCAGAGCUCCAGGAGCCCAGCAGUACCCUCCCUGGCCCAGUUAGUCAGAUUACAGCUGCUAAGCACCAAUACGCUAAGGCCCUAGUCUGUGUAGAGUCCAGUAGGGAGAAAGUCAGGGGUAUCCUCAGUAGUCGUUGCCAGGGCAGUACAGACCUGCAGCUCCACACUUUGUCUGAGAUCGAGAAUGAGUUAGUUAGUGCAACGUUGUACAUUAGACAGGACGGGAUGACAUGGAAAGAGCACCCGUCAGAGGUCACACAAAGUCAAGCCCAAGAGAUUCACAAGAGCAAAGCAUCGGAUGAGGAAACGAUACGACUCUUUGCCAAAACACUGUCUUUAGAGGCAAUGGUUUUGAAUAAGAUGGCUUUUUUAAUACAGAAUCCAGACUCUGACCUUUUGCAAGGUCUUAUCGAGAUAUGUAGAGAGACUGAGACCAUCAAAAGAGGUGAUGGCGAUUGCGUGGCAAUUGUUUAUGCAGAUGUCUUGACCAGUAAGCUAAUGUUAGAGAGUGCCUUCUGGGCAGAGGUGGAGAAAAUGGAGUCACAUUGUGAAUUGAUGCAGGGAGAAAGCACAGAUGUUGUCAAGUCAACAGUGGCUAGUAUGUCCCUUGAGGCUGAUGCUACUGUUAUCUAUAACACCUGUGUCAAAGCUGAAUUAUCUCACUCUCUUCAGAGUCUUAAGAGCUUUUAUGAGGAAAAGUUCAAAAGGGAAUUGGCCCAAGCCCAUGGGAGCUUACAACAAAGGGAAUCUGCUUUGAAAGAGAUUAUCCAAGCUCCCAAAAGACCUGAUUUGAGAGAAGUCAUUCAAGACGUCAGCAAUGAGUUUGGCGUUAGUGAGGAGCAGAGUUUACCUGAUGUAAGUCCUCCUGAACUGGCUCCCUAUAUGGAGCAGAUUGAAAUGGAGGAGGCACAGGAUUUGGCUGAGGAAGUAGUGGAUAGACACUUAGCGGGAGACGUGCCAUCUUGUAGCGUUGACUCUGUUGAAUCUCUGCAAGUUGGGCGAGACAACUUGGCCGCUGAGCUAGAGAGACAGGCAGCUAUCCUCCACAGAUUUUCCCAAGCGAUUGAGAGCGGAAGCCAUCCUGUCUUAGCCAAUAUUAUCCAAGCAAACUCAAGGUACCAAACCAUCCACAACCUCACAGGUGGUUCCCUUUGCAUGCGUGAGGCACUUAUCCAGGCCCAGGUGGCCUACGUAGCCUGUAGGCUAAAAGCCGACCACGAGCGGGACUUGGUCCGGUAUCGGCAAGCUGGCCAGAGCAUGGACAUACUUGUCCAGGAGCACGCCUGCACUGUUGGUGCCAUUCGGGAGCGCUACGAGGCCUCCCUGCAGGAGGAGCGCCAGGGCUUCACCUGUACAGUGGCCUCCCUCCAGGAUGAGAACCAGGCCCUGAGGGGGGAGAUGGGCCAGCGAGUGGACCAGCUCUCCCAGCAGCAGGAGCGGCUGGCCCUCCUGGAGGAGCGCUUCCUCAGGGAGACUGAGGAGCUGAGGCAGAGGCACCAACUGGAGCUGAGUCAGGCGGAGCAGGGCCGGGCCUCCACCGAGCUGGCCCUGAUGGAGACCACGGCCGACAGCCAGCGGAAGCUGGAAGUCCUGUUGGUGGACAUGGACACCAUAGAGGAGCGCCACGAAAGCCACCUAAGGAGACUGGAGGAGCAAUUCCAGGGGCAGAUCCGAGAGCUGCAGCAGGUCCACCAGGAGGAGAUCCAGAGGCUACAUGCCCACUACACAGAGACCAUCCGCUCCAUCCAAGAACAAGAGGAUAGUGGAAGCAAGGGCGAUAGUAGCCCUGAGUCAGGCCACUCUCAGUCUCCACUACCCGAGGAGGUCACCCCGUCCACUGAGCAGGCUUGGCCCAUGGAGGAAGAGGAGCAGGGUAAGGGGGAGGAGGGUCAGGCUAGGGCGGCGACGGACCCCAUAGUGGUCCUGAAGGACAGGAUCCAGGAGCUGGAGACCCAGAUGGACACCAUGCGGGACGAACUGGAGACCAAGCAUCUGAAAGGAGAUGUGGCCAGCCUGAGAGAGAAAUACCAGAGAGACUUUGAAAGUCUAAAGGUUUUUGUUCUUCCUUUCUUAACGUCGUAAAUUGUAGUCUUCAUGUGGUAAGCCCAGUAGUAGAGCAUGAAUGGUUGCUAUGGUCGUUAUAAUCAGUCAAACUAUGGGAAUUGCAAACAUUAUUAUUAUUAUUAUUAUUAUUAUUAUUAUUAUUAUUAUUAUUAUUAUUAUUAUUAGAAUCAUUUGCCAUAUCUUUGGGUCAUUGCAUAUGAAAUCAACUGAAAAAUCUCCUGAUUGGGGGGGGGGGCACUCUGGUCCAGAAAUGGCACUACAUCCAUUUCUCCCAUGGCCAAACAUUCAUGGAUACUUUUGUAGAAAUCAAAUGUGGUAAGGAUGAUUGAUGAUUUCAUAUGGAAUUAUCCUAUUAAAUAUUAGUUUAAUCUACAACAUAAUAUAUUAUCCACGAAGUAGCAUACAAAACAAAUUACUUCUAUUGAAAUGCAGCUUUAUAAUCACUCGUGCUUCAGAACCAUACCUUUCUCCUGGUUACUCUAUAACCAUAAUAUAUUCUCCCCACACAGACAACAAUGUCCAGUCUCUGUAACACGCAACAUUAUGUUUAGAAAUAUACUCAACUCUGAACAAUGAAUAUAUGCUGUUUUAGUGUCUGAAACCAAUCGCAGAAAUGUUGUUGAUACACAUGUUUAUAGAAAGCCAGAUGUAAAUCUUAUUUGAUGUCCUCUCCUUUGCACUGAUAACAUUGGCUGCCUUAAUACACUCCCUCAUACUAACAUUGCUUGGCUUCUGAUCAAAAAAUUAUUGCAUGACUUUCUCAGAUGUAAUUCUGCUUGCACUGGUCAAUAAUGCACCAUGAAAGCUAGUCAGAGCACAUAACACAUGGGACUGUAGUCUCUCAGACCAUCCCAAGUUAGAUUAAGCCAAUCGCUUAAACAUACUACAUUUCAUCAUAAAUCUGGUAAGGAUAAGGAAGCAUCUUUACUCAAUGAUUAAAGCCUUAGUAACAUACUACAACACCGUGGGGAGCUUUAACAAUGCCAACAUAUUAACCCCUUCUCCCCCAGGCCACGUGUGAGCGAGGCUUCACAGCCAUGGAGGAGACCCACCACAAGGUCGUCGAGGACCUCCAGAGGCAGCACCAGAGGGAAGUCUCCAAACUACUGGAGGAGAGGGAGAGGCUUUUGGCCGAAGAGACGGCCGCCACCAUCGCUGGUAAAGAUUAGCACCUGCAUUGGCCAAUCCCUAGUGUUGCCAGAUUGGUCGAUUUUUGUCACCUACAAUUGUAGUGACUCUGACCGCUAGCUUUCUGUGUUCCAGCUAUUGAGGCUAUGAAGAACGCACACCGAGAGGAAAUGGAGAAGAACCAGCGCUCCCAAAUCAGCGGACUGAGCACCGACAUCGACGAGCUGCACGAGCAGUAUCAGUAA